AUGGAGACGUCAAUCCUUUUCCCACUUUUGCUGCUGAUCUGCUCUCUCUCCACGGCUCAGUGCCAAAAAGAGUCUGACAACGAAGUUAUUCCACGUGGAGAGCAAACUGAAUCCUGGGAAAGGAAACCAGCAAAUGCCUCUACCUACCAGCAGACCUGUACACAAGACAUCCAUGCUGUGCUGAGAGAGAUGAGCGCCUUGUUGGCUGGACAGAGGGUGGAGAUAAGGCACUUACAGAGCGAGAAUGAAGCCCAAGCAGCUAAGCUGAGAGAACUGGAGCUGCAAAAGACUCAGCUAGACAAGCUGAAGGAACAUGUCCAAGAACAGGCAAGAGAACUGACCACCAUUAAAGCCAGGACAAAUGUGACAGAAAACCAGGUGGAGGCUCUGAAGAGAGAGACAGAAGUCAAACAGGUGGCCUUCUCAGCCUCCCUGUUGGCUUCAGGCUCAGGAACUGUCGGACCAUUUAACACACACACUCCUCUGGUCUUCAGACAUGUGGUUACAAAUAUCGGAAAUGCCUACAACCCACAAACAGGGUUUUUCAUUGCACCAGUGAGAGGAGCCUACCACUUUGAGUUCUACAUAGGUGCACAUGGACAUGCUUCAUAUCCUUCAGGUGCUGUGUUGGUCAAGAACGGAGCCCAUAUUUUUAUCGCAUAUGAGCAUCAGACGUCCCAUUAUGGGAGUUCUGCUAAUGGCGUAACACUGCUAUUAGAGGUCGGAGAUGUCGUGUUUUUGCGUCUGUGGGUUAAUUCAAGGAUGUUUGACAAUGAAAACCACCACAGCACCUUCAGUGGUCAUCUCCUUUUUACUAUGUGA